AUGACUGGAAAAUCAAAGAAAGAAUCCGAAAUCUCUGAGACCAUCAUUGUUGCAGCCGAUCAUGGUCGACUCGAUCUUGUCAAGGCACUCUUAGAGGGCGGGGCAGAUCCGAAUACCGUGGACGAAAUCGGAACUUCGGCUCUUCAUAAUGCAGCAAAACAAGGUCAUUGGGAUAUCGCCCGCCUUCUUCUCGAGAACAAUGCAUCACCUCGAAUCGAGGAUGGCAACCGCGCAACUCCACUCCGCCUCGCUGUAAGAGCAGGUCAAAAAGAGAUUGUUCGCUUGUUGCUUGAAUGUGAUCCUCCUACAAGCGAGACAACAAGCGUAUCAAAAGAAAGCGAAACACGCACACUGCUUGACAUUGCUGCAGCCUUUGGCUAUACAGAAAUAGUUCAGCUCCUUCUGAAUUGCAACACCCCCACUCUAGGCAGCAACGGGGAGGAAACGGCGCUACAUUUGGCGGCUGCAAGGGGACAUCAUGAGGUCUGCGAGCUUCUCCUGAAGCACGACAAAUCUUUGAAUCGAUCAGUAUGGACCAAAUUAGUCGGACCCAGUUUGGAAGUCGACACAAAAGACCACAAGGGAAACACGCCUUUUGCGUACGCAGUUGAAAGGAAUCGUGAGCAGACUGUCGAGGUCUUUUUGCGCAUUUAUCCGGAACUGGGUAAGACUGCCGAUCGCGACAAAGAGCUGCAUUUCCAUAAGGCUAUCAGGAGAGGAAAGAUUGAGAUGGUUCGGAUAUUUCUGAAUCAUGGCACGGAUACUGAGAUGAAAGAUUAUCAAGGACAUCGGGCCCUUCAUAAGGCCAUCAUGGCCGAGAGCCUAGGGAUCACCACUGGGGCACCUGAGGUGAUCCAGCUUUUACUUGCGCAUGGGGCUGGGGUUGAUUCAAAGGACAACAAUGGCGAUACCCCCGAGCUUCUCUCCAAUAAUCCAAAGACCAGAAUGAUAUUGCGUAACCAUGCGGCUACGCAUCCAAAGGUCGUUUCACCGAAAGCACCGGUGGCUUCGGCUCCGCCGCCUGAGUACAAGGCAUGA